CUGCUCGUGGGCGUUAGCAACGAGGCGGGGAGCAAAACGAGCGAAACCGUUGUCCUGCCAGCCGCUGCACCGAGUGCACCUUGUUGCCCAUCCGCCAGUGCGUGUGUUGGUGCUGUUCGCGCGUACAUCUCCACAGCCGAUUCGACGUCCCGCAGCCACGCGUCGCUUCGGUUGCAGCACCGCUAGUCCUAAGUAACGAACGCAACGAAAAACAGCCGUGAUCAUGUCGUCGUUGGGAAUUUCGGCCCGAUUGAAGUAUCCCAAGCAGAAGCUGCAGCAUGAGUUGAUCAAAUCGCACAGCCAGGCGCAGAUACUCGCCAAUAAGUUGAAGCAGGAUGGCGUCAUGUCAACUGUUGAAAAUGUCAUGCAGGCUGUGGAUCAAGUGGCUGCUCUCUUGGUAUCACCAAACAUUGAUCCAACUAUUUCAUAUAAAGACAGUAUUAUUAAUCUGUGCCAACACUUGAAGGUUUAUGGUGCAUAUUUGGAUAUAUUAUACCAAGAUCAACUGAAUCGUGCGUUCGUCGUGUUCAGGAACAGCUCGCAGGAUGAUGCUCGACUAGACUUCUUGUCUAGACUACACUUACUCGAACUUAUCGAACUUCGCGCUAACGACUGGAAGGGUUCUGAUCUAAUGAAUCAGUAUUAUAGAAAGAAGGCCGAAUCGACUGAUAAUGUAGCCGCAAUGUCCGAAUCAAUGAUGGCGAUGUCGAUCACAUCCAACAGCCCGCCGCUGCUUGCUCCCGGCGAGGUGAUAAAACCUUCCGGGAAGUUCAAGCAGCCCACGCGAAUACCAGGCAAGAACUAUUGUAAAGACGAGGUCGUCAUACGCAAUGCAGAUUCCGGAAAAGUAAUGGGGAUCAAAGGGCGGCGAGUGCACAUGAUUGAAGAGCUUAGCGAAACGAUCAUUUCGUUUCAGCGAGUUAAUCCCGGUGCCAAAGAACGUUUGGUCCAAAUAACUGGCGCAAACGAAGAAAGCAUCAUACACGCUAAGCAAUUGAUCGAAGACACAAUCAGGAGAAAUGCGUCGCCUGUGCGCGAGCACGGCGCCGUCGGAGGCCCGUUGACGGGCUCCAGCUCCAGCAUCAACUCGUCCGCAUCGGAGGAGAGCGGCCUUCAACAGAAUCAGCGCCAUAGAUCGCUGCUUCACAGUCUUAGCACCAACGACGCCAGUAUUGGCGAAUACAAGUACACCGUCGUCACCGGCGGACACACCAUCAAGAUUACCGGCGAUAAUUUGGAUAUUGUUCGUACAAGUAAACUCGUUCUGGACGAAUAUUUCUCUGGCGAACCAAUCCAAGACAUCGGUCAAUUCUACAGCUUUGACAGUCUUCCGCAAGCGAUCGCCGCCGAUCUGCCGCCCCUUUCUCCACCGGACUCUCUCCCGUCGCCUGGCUUCGUACCAAACGGACAACCCGAAGAAACAUCGGAACGGCCUAUGCUGCGUCGUCCCAAUAUAUCCAUUGAGGAAAUCAUGCAGGGCACCACGUCACCAGAGGCUAAUGGUAAAUAUCAGUAUACAAUUGAGUAUUUGGCGCGUUUGGCUAUGUCGCCGCUAUGUUUGGUACCGCCGAUUGACUGGGAGAGGAUUAACACUGACUAUCCGGGGCUAGUGAGAAAGGUGGUGGAGCUGUUUGACGCGAAGUCAUACUUGCAUGAUCGCUCGGACGUUAAUACGGAACUAUCUGUACAGAGCGUGGACGAGAUGGAUCCGUCGGAAGUCUGACGACGACACGAAAAACAGUUACGAAAGAAGCAAUAUUUUAAGGCGCGACACUCUAUCGCCGAGAUAUGAGAGCACUGCGUAAGUUGUCGUUCGGAGCGAAUAUUUUUGGGCUAGAAUUUUUUUGAAACUUGUUAACUUAUAUUUUCUACAAAAACAAAAGAAAGAAAACAAAAGCAAUUCGACGAGAACGCAUUGAAUGAAUGCACUGGUUAAUAAUUGUAACGACGUUCUCGAAAUAUUUUUGAAUGUAGUGGUAAAUGUUUUGUUCGAUACUUUCUUGGAGGCUGUACAAACUUCGACUAGUUUGUACAUCAGGAAAAUGACAUUGAUGUCAUGUGGACGUGUUUGUUUAUAAAGUAGUAGAUUUAGUGGGCAGGGGGUCGGUGUUACAAGGCUAUCGAAAAUGAAUCGUAAUGAGAAAUUAGUUUACGAUCUAAGCUGUUUCUUAAUUAAUCUUUUUCGAACUAUGUAUACUCGUAUUCACAACCCUGCAUUACCAUAUUGUUUAUAUGUUUUGUGUUUGUGACUUUUUUAUUUGCCGUUAUUCUACUGACUGAUACUAAUUUAUUUUGUUUGUUUGUGUUUUUUUGUUUAGUUUAUGUUGACAGAAGUAUUUUGUUAUGCAAAUUGGCUAUCGCGUUUUGUUUCGAUACUCUUAUUUGUUUCAUUUUGUAUUAUUUAACAUUAACUAUAUUUGAAGAUAUUGAUGUUGGGGAGGUUUGAAGAUGAAGGUUGGGUGUGCUGAAGAGAUGAUGUCUGUAAAAUCAAAACAAUACGAUGCGUGAGAUACAAGAUUUUUAUAUAGAGGUGAUUUUUGAUGAAUAUUUACAAACGAAAAUCAAUUUUCAUACGCGUGUUUUUCAUAUAAUAUAAAAUCAAAGUCAAAUUAAAAUUGUUAUGAAAAGCGUUAUUUCAGAUCUGAAUGAUCAUUGAAUCUCGAGAUUUGUAAAAUUAUAAAAACUAUGUAAUAAGCCAUUUUAGUUUGUGACUUUAAUAAAAUUUAUAUUACUCCAGA